AUGUUGAGUGCACUUAAAAUCCUGAAGCGUCGAAACGAUAUGAAGUUUAUUAAAAGUCUGUACUGCAGAUCAUACACAGCUGCUGCAAGUAGCCAGGUACAUACCAAGUGUAAAUUAGUUGAUGGUGUUUAUGUAAUUACUUUGGAUUCUCCAAAUGUUAAGGUAAAUACUUUAAACCCGGCUUUAAUGGAUGAGUUUAAAAAUAUUAUAAAUGAAGUUGAGGCAAAUUCUGCUAUUGAGGCAGCUGUUUUGAUAUCAGGGAAACCGGGCUGCUUUAUAGCUGGAGCUGAUAUAACCAUGAUUGAAAAUUGUAAAACAAAAGAGGAGGUGGUAAGCCUAUCCAAAGCAGGGCAUGAAAUUUUUAAAAAAAUGGAGAACUCUCGCAAACCUUAUGUAGCAGCAAUUCAGGGUUCAUGCCUUGGAGGUGGUUUAGAGACAGCACUAGCUUGUCAAUACAGAAUUGCAGUUAAGGACUCAAAGACUGGACUAGGAUUUCCAGAAGUUAUGUUAGGACUUUUGCCAGGUGGAGGAGGCACCCAAAGGACACCAAAACUUACUUCAGUGCCCACAACUUUGGACUUAACUCUUACUGGAAAAACUGUGAAAGCGGACAAAGCAAAGAAACUUGGAUUGGUUGAUUUAUUAGUUUCUCCUUUAGGACCUGGUCUGAGAACACCUGAAGAUAAUACAAUGAGGUAUUUAGAAAAUGUUGCUGUACAAGUUGCAAAGGAUAUUGCAUCAGGAAAAUUAAAAAUCGAUAGGUCCAAAAAGGGACUGGUAGAAAAAGUAAUGGCAACAGCAAUGCUGUGGGACUUUGUUAAGAAUAUUAUAUUCAACAAGGCCAAGGAGCAAGUUAUGAAAGCAUCACGCGGAUUGUACCCAGCCCCUUUAAAGAUUCUUGAGGUAGUCAGAACUGGAGUUGAUAAAGGCUCUGCUGCAGGCUAUGAAGCUGAAGCCCAAGGAUUUGGAGAAUUGGCAAUGACGCCACAGAGCAAAGGGCUGAUUGGACUUUUUAGAGGUCAAACUGAAUGUAAGAAAAAUAGAUUCGGGAAGUCUGAAGUGGAUGUAAAAACAAUUGGAGUACUUGGCGCUGGUUUGAUGGGAGCUGGUAUAGUUCAAGUUUCUAUUGAUAAAGGAUAUAAUGUUGUAAUGAAAGAUGCAACUAAUGAAGGUCUAUAUAGAGGCGUAGGACAAAUACAAAACGGUUUAGUCAAUGCCGUAAAACGCAAAAGAAUCACUUCUUUGCAGAAAGACAAAUAUUUAUCAAAUCUUUUUCCCACACUAAGUUAUGAUAAGUUCAAAAAUGUAGAUUGCGUGAUUGAAGCUGUAUUCGAAGAUAUAAACAUCAAACACAAAGUUAUUAAAGAAUUGGAAGCAGUAAUUCCAAAGCAUUGUAUUGUUGCUACUAACACAAGCGCUAUACCCAUCACAAAAAUCGCGGCAGGAAGCAGUCGCCCAGAUAAAGUUAUUGGCAUGCAUUACUUCUCGCCGGUGGACAAGAUGCAGCUGCUGGAGAUCAUCCGGCACCCGGGCACCAGCGACGACACGGCGGCCGCGGCCGUGGCCGUGGGCCUGCGCCAGGGCAAGGUCGUCAUCACUGUCGGCGACGGACCCGGCUUUUACACCACACGCAUUUUGUCCACUAUGCUCAGUGAGGCCGUCAGAUUGUUACAAGAGGGUGUGGAUCCCAAAGAUCUUGACAGUAUGACGAAACAGUUUGGCUUCCCAGUAGGUGCCGCGACACUAGCUGACGAAGUUGGCAUUGACGUGGGCUCGCAUAUCGCCGUUGACUUGGCUAAGGCUUUCGGUGAUCGUAUCAGCGGCGGCAACUUAGGCAUCAUGCAGGACCUUGUCAAAGCGGGCUUCAUGGGUAGGAAAUCGGGAAAAGGUUUCUAUGUGUAUGAAAAGGGUACCAAAAAUAGGGAUGUCAACCAAGAAGCUAUUCAAAUGUUAAAGGAAAAGUACUCUCUAGAGCCACGCGGUGCUAAUACAGUAGAAGAUCAACAGUUACGAAUGGUUUCAAGAUUUGUAAAUGAAGCAGUAUUGUCAUUAGAAGAGAAAAUUUUACACAGCCCGCUGGAAGGUGAUGUGGGCGCAGUUUUCGGUCUUGGUUUUCCACCAUUCACUGGUGGUCCUUUCAGAUGGGUCGAUCAAUAUGGUGCAGAUAAGUUGGUUAAGAAAAUGGAAGAAUUCCAAGGAUUAUAUGGUGCACCUUUCAAACCUGCUCAAACUCUUGUUGACAUGGCCAAAGAUCCCAGUAAGAAGUUUCACAAAAAGUAA